AUGGUGCGUAUGCGGCCUUGUGCGCACCCGAGUUCAGUGCGUGCAGGCGCGCAGGUGGGCUGUACCUCCUGCCGAGCGUCGUUUGCGUUUGGAUCGAGCCACUCCCUUGCGUGCUAUCUGCUCCUUGUAUAUACAGCCCACGCUGUUGUCCUCUGUUCGUCCUUCCGCCUCGCUCCAGCCGUCGCCUCUCGUUCUCCGUUCUCUGCUCCUCGUUCCGCCUCAACUCCACCCGCCGCUGCCGUCGCUCGCCAUCAAUCGCCAUCGCCAUCGCCCUUGCUUGUUGCCUGCUUGCCGCGUCGCCGCUGUACUUCCUCAUGGCUCCUCUCGCUACUGCUGUUGCGUUUGGUUAGGGGUGCCUGUGGCUGCUUUGUCGUGCAUCCGUCCGGCUGUUUGUUCCUUCUUUUCCGAGAAAUCGCACUAAUCAGUUCGUCGUCAGAUUUGCCUUGCUAUUUCAUGUGCUCAAAGGAUCAUCUUUCUCUUCAGGCACAACGAACUUUCGCCGACAGCGGCGGCCCCACCCGCACCACCCUGCCGCCGGCCGGCAUCACCGCCCGUCCUUCGGCUCGGUCCUAACCCAAACCGGUGAACGGAUCCCCACCAUAACCAUAUCAGGUACGAAUCCUAUAUCACUGACCUGGUAGUACGUGACUGGUAAGUGGGAUUGCGGCUACGUCAUCCGUGGCGUAGCCGGCCAGCGAAGUAGGGUGCGCCGCCUGAUCUGAGCUUGGAAUUUCACCUCCUGCUCCGCCACCGCUGUUUUCUCGCCCAAAUCCACUGCCUGCCGCCGUCCGUCUCAUUCAGAGCUUGGUCAACACACUGCUGACCUCUUUUUUCCACAAAAAUAUAACCCUCAUAAAAACUGACCCACUAGGUCCUUCCAGCAGAGGCCCAAAAAACCAUCCGCCUGACCCAUGGCAAAUGCUCAGCCCAACUCUGUUUUCACAGACCAAAGCCCAAAAAUAACAUCAUGACUUCUGGUUGCUUACUUGUUAAGUUUCUCCUCGUAUCACCUGCAAAAAAAAUUUAGAAGAAGACCCUCCUUGUAUGAUUAGGCGCUUCUUGACUUAAUUCAACGGCCUUCUUUUAUACAUCAGUCAAAUAAACGCUAGAAUACUUGAAUCCCCAUUCAGCAUGCCACCUGAAUGCGCAAUCGUGUAAUCUAUACAAUGUUAAUACUAGGCAUUUUUUAUCCUUCCAAAACUUGUCAACAAGAGCAUGCUGACACUCGACCCAUGAUGAUCUCCAAGACGUGGCAUCGAUAGUUAUUUUUUAUACCAAUGCAGUAGUACAAAGAGCAUAUACAUUACAGAAUUAUGAAAUGUGCUUCGCACGAAAUAUCUGAUCAUUUUACUUUGAUUAGCUAAACUUAAUAAUUUUUCUCAAUAUUCACUAAGGUUCAAAUGCAAAGAUUAUAUUGUUUGCUUACAACUAUGGCAAAAUUCCAUACUUCAAUCGGUUGACUCGUAUGGCUAGAGAAGCGUUUCCUCCUCCUCUGGCCGCCAUACAAGACCCAGAACGUACCUCACUAGCUUGCACAGUCGAAGACACUGCAGCCCCUGUGUCAAUCUAAUCUAAUAUAAUGCACUACUAAGUACUCCUAAUUAUGCUAUAUCCUGUCAUGACCUAUGUUCCUCUUUUGUGCACUCUUGUAUCAUGCUUUUCAAGAACUACUACUUAUGUUAACAGCAUUGUUAUCAGUCAGCCGUUUCAUGUCCAGAUCCAUAAUGGGCUUUCUAUCUACACUGUAUAUUUCUUUUCCUGCUCUUAAGUUUGUCCGAUGAAGAUACCAUCCCAAACGCUAAUUACAAUAAAAAGGAUAGUCCAAGGGGCGAGUACAACCAGGCAACGCCCAGCUCCCCCUCAAGAGGCGCGCCCCAACACCUAGUAUACUUUGAUUAGUAGUGACCUUGGAGAGCCAAUGGUGCCCCUACAUAGACUUUACUCAAAAGUUGCUAUUUAAUUUUUUUUGGUUAGAGAAAAGAUCACAGUGGACACAACUGCAGAAGCAGCGAUUCAAUGUUUUAUUCAGUUUAACCAUGACUAUUCUUUUCAUUCAGAUAUGCUAACUAAAUUAUGGAUCUUCUUCGCCUUUGAAUUGGAUGAUUACCGUCGUUUCAUCUUUUGACUUAGAUAUGCGCAAGGAAUUGAAUAAUGCUGUUUUUUUUAUCAUAAUCUGUCCACCCACAAUGCAUAAGAGUAGAUAUGAAGGACUAUUUUAUGCCAUUUGAUUGUCAAACUAAACUAGGUUUUGUUGGUUCUUGAGUGAAAAGAUAGUUGAUGGUGGAACAAGGUGCCCCAUAUUAAUUAGGAAAUGAGAAAGUUGCAUUUUGGUGAUCCUAUAUUUUUUUCUCCAUAGCAAUGCAUGUUUUUUUAGAAAAGGAGGAUGACCCCCGGCCUCUGCAUCUGGACGAUGCAUACGGCCACUUUAUUAAUUAUUCUCACAAGACCUUACAAAGUCAUACAAUAGUAAGACUAAAGCCGCCGUCU